CCCCACAACACGAUGCCGCCGCCGAGGAUAUCGCAGGGCCUGCUGGCUCAGUUCAGUCAAUUGAGUCUCUCAGCUCCACGCCCGACCGUGCUGCAAAAGGCAUGUCUACCAAGAUGCCAGUUCGCUGCUCCCACCGCUAGACCCGCUAUCCGACCCUUUUCCUCGACGCCCUCGCGCCUCUCGUACCUUGCGCCCAAGGCUGGAGAAUCCCGCAAGUCCCGCAAGGGAAGAUGUCACGUACCCACGGGCGGCAGCAUGCGCGGCACAACCGUAGUAUGGGGCGACUACGGCCUUCGCAUGCGGGACCACGACCGGCGCAUUUCCGCGCACCAGCUGCGCAUUGCCGAGGAGACGAUCAAGAAGCGCCUUCGAGGCAUGAAGUUCCGGCUGUACAUGCGCAUUUCGGCCAACAUUGGUGUGUACACUUCUGGCAACGACGUGCGUAUGGGUAAGGGAAAGGGUAGCUUUGACCACUGGACUGCGAGGGUGGCGGUCAGCAAAAUCAUCUUCGAGAUCAAGGGCGAUUUGCACGAGCAGGUGGUGAGGGAUGCGUUUAGGCUGGCGGGCAACAAGCUUCCGGGCUUGUAUGAAUUCGUGAAGAAGGGCGAUCCGCCCGUCAUGGGCCUUACAAAAGUCGGCUUGAACGGCAUCACAGAGGAGGAUCUGAGGAGGCCGAGGCGAAAGGAGCCGUUGGAGCAGACGGCUGCGAGACUACCGGCCGCUGAGACUGCAUCAGCGAGCGCAUCGCCAGCGGCACUGUAAAUGUAUAAUUAUUCACAAUUGGGCAAAGGCAAUGAAUACAUGAC